CCUCCCCCGCCGCCCCCGGGAGCAGGCUGGGCCCAAUGCGCGCGCUGUCUCCGCGCCCCCGCCCGCCGAUCGCUCGCUUGCUCGCUCGCACGCACUCCCGGUAGUAAUUUCACUUUGCCACGCGAGCUCCGCAGCCCCUAGAAAUCCCGCCCCCCGGCCAGGUGCGCGAGCCUGCGCGCUCCUCCUCCGCCUCCUCCGGCGGGUCCCUGGCGCGCCGGGGCCGGGGCCCGGCUGGGGCGGCUGCGCGCACGGCGCCUCUCCACCAACCCGCUCCCCUGCAGGUCCCUCGUUUGGUCUCCAUCCCUCUCCGGCGCUCCCUCGCUCCCCCCCGCCCUUUGAUUGACAGGCAAGAUGUCGGUGUGGAGCGAGGCAGGAGCGAUUGCAGCAACCGUCACCCCCGGAGCCCGGCGGCGGCAGCAGCAGCAGCAGCAGCAGCAGCGCGGGGAGGAGACAGCAGCCAGCCGCAGUAGCCGCCGCAGCCGCGGGAGCAAUGCAGACAGCACCUUGAGAACGCGCUAAAGCACUCCAAACCGUGGACCAUGCCGUGUCCCUGCAACUGGGAGGGGGGAAAACCAGAUUUUUUUUGACACAAAAGCAAGCCAGCCAAAAAUAUAUAAUUUUGUCCUUCAAGGAGCCGGUGUGUAAAGAGUGAGCGCUAUUUUCCUUCUCCUCCUCUCCCUCCUCCUCCUCUCCCUCCUCCUCUCUCUCCUCCUUCUCCUCUUCUUUUUCCUCCUCCUCCUCCUCCCUAAGUGUACAGACAGCAUCACAUCACCUGGUUUGCUUCUGAGAAACAGCAUCUCUCCUUUCCAGGGACCAGAGACUCAGAGAGAGAGGAGACAUUCUAAUGGAGUCCGCUUGAUAUCCCAAAAUAAAAUAAUAAAUUUUGGCUCUUGUCCCCUCCUCCCACUCCCACCCCCUCAACCCUGUGUGAGAUGUUGGAUUUCUUCUUCAUGAGACAUUGUUGAGAAGUCGCAGUGGUUGGAGAGGCGGAGGGUAGACUACCUCUACUCCCCCCCCCUUUUUUCUCUCUGGGAGGAGGAGGAGGGGAAGGGGGUUGCAGAGCAAGCGAUGGAUGAGGAAAACAUGACGAAAAGCGAGGAGCAGCAGCCUCUGAGUUUGCAAAAAGCCUUACAGCAGUGCGAACUGGUCCAAAACAUGAUAGACUUGAGCAUCUCCAACCUGGAAGGGCUUAGGACCAAAUGUGCUACCUCCAACGACCUCACACAAAAAGAAAUCCGGACCCUGGAGAGCAAGCUGGUGAAGUACUUCAGCCGGCAGCUGUCCUGCAAAAAGAAGGUGGCCUUGCAGGAGCGCAAUGCGGAGCUGGAUGGCUUCCCCCAGCUACGGCACUGGUUCCGAAUCGUCGAUGUGCGCAAGGAAGUCCUGGAGGAAAUCUCCCCCGGCCAGCUGAGCCUGGAGGACCUCUUGGAGAUGACGGAUGAACAGGUGUGCGAGACCGUGGAGAAAUAUGGAGCCAACCGGGAGGAGUGUGCCCGCCUCAACGCCUCCCUCUCCUGCCUCAGGAAUGUCCACAUGUCAGGAGGCAACCUUUCCAAACAAGACUGGACCAUCCAGUGGCCCACCACAGAGACGGGGAAGGAGAACAAUCCCGUGUGCCCCCCGGAGCCCACUCCGUGGAUCCGCACCCAUCUCUCCCAGAGCCCCAGGGUCCCGUCCAAGUGCGUCCAGCACUAUUGUCACACUAGCCCCACUCCCGGGGCCCCUGUGUACACCCACGUGGACAGGCUUACCGUGGACGCCUACCCGGGCUUGUGCCCGCCCCCGCCACUGGAGUCGGGCCACCGUUCCCUGCCCCCAUCGCCCAGGCAGCGGCACGCGGUCCGCACCCCGCCGCGCACCCCCAACAUCGUCACCACCGUGACCCCGCCGGGCACGCCGCCCAUGAGGAAGAAGAACAAGCUGAAGCCCCCGGGGACUCCACCGCCCUCCUCCCGAAAACUGAUACACUUGAUCCCGGGAUUCACCGCGCUGCAUCGGAGCAAAUCCCACGAGUUCCAGCUGGGGCACCGCGUGGACGAGGCCCACACGCCCAAAGCCAAGAAGAAGAGCAAACCCUUGAACCUCAAGAUCCACAGCAGCGUAGGCAGCUGCGAGAACAUCCCCUCUCAGCAGCGCUCCCCGCUGCUGUCUGAGCGCUCCCUCCGCUCCUUCUUUGUGGGACAUGCACCUUUCCUGCCUUCCACCCCUCCUGUUCACACUGAGGCCAACUUCUCUGCAAACACACUGUCAGUGCCACGCUGGUCUCCGCAGAUCCCUCGCAGAGAUCUCGGCAACUCCAUCAAGCACAGGUUUUCCACCAAGUACUGGAUGUCUCAGACGUGCACAGUCUGUGGGAAAGGGAUGCUUUUUGGCCUCAAGUGUAAAAACUGCAAGUUAAAGUGCCACAACAAAUGCACCAAAGAAGCCCCACCCUGUCAUCUUCUGAUCAUCCACCGAGGAGCAAGGUUAGUCCGGACAGAGUCCGUUCCAUGUGACAUCAACAACCCUCUACGGAAGCCACCUCGGUAUUCAGACCUGCACAUCAGUCAGACGCUCCCCAAAACCAACAAAAUCAACAAGGACCACAUCCCUGUCCCUUACCAGCCAGACUCCAGCAGCAACCCCUCCUCCACGACGUCCUCCACGCCCUCCUCGCCAGCACCCCCCCUCCCUCCUAGUGCCACGCCGCCUUCUCCCCUACACCCUUCCCCGCAGUGCACACGGCAGCAGAAGAACUUCAACCUGCCAGCAUCCCACUACUACAAAUACAAGCAGCAGUUCAUCUUCCCAGAUGUGGUGCCGGUGCCGGAGACGCCGACCCGGGCGCCCCAGGUCAUCCUGCAUCCGGUGACCUCGAAUCCAAUCUUGGAAGGAAAUCCAUUACUUCAAAUUGAAGUGGAGCCAACGUCGGAGAAUGAAGAGGUCCAUGAUGAGGCCGAGGAGUCAGAGGAUGACUUCGAGGAGAUGAACCUGUCCCUCCUCUCGGCCCGGAGCUUCCCACGCAAGGCCAGCCAGACCAGCAUCUUCCUUCAGGAGUGGGACAUCCCCUUUGAGCAGCUGGAGAUCGGCGAGCUCAUUGGAAAGGGCCGCUUUGGGCAAGUGUACCACGGCCGCUGGCACGGUGAGGUGGCCAUCCGGCUGAUUGACAUUGAGAGGGACAACGAGGACCAGCUCAAGGCCUUCAAGCGGGAGGUGAUGGCCUACAGGCAGACGCGGCAUGAGAACGUGGUGCUUUUCAUGGGCGCCUGCAUGAGCCCGCCUCACCUGGCCAUCAUCACCAGCCUCUGUAAGGGACGGACGCUCUAUUCCGUUGUGAGGGAUGCCAAAAUCGUCUUGGAUGUCAACAAAACCAGACAGAUUGCUCAAGAAAUUGUGAAGGGCAUGGGCUACCUCCACGCCAAGGGAAUCCUACACAAGGACCUCAAGUCAAAGAACGUCUUCUACGACAAUGGCAAAGUGGUCAUCACGGACUUUGGACUCUUCAGCAUUUCUGGGGUGCUGCAGGCUGGCAGGCGGGAGGACAAACUGCGCAUCCAGAAUGGCUGGCUAUGCCACCUGGCACCAGAGAUCAUCCGCCAGCUGUCCCCCGACACAGAGGAGGAUAAGCUCCCCUUCUCCAAGCACUCUGACGUCUUUGCCCUUGGCACAAUCUGGUAUGAACUCCACGCCAGGGAAUGGCCUUUCAAGACCCAACCAGCAGAGGCAAUAAUCUGGCAAAUGGGCACAGGCAUGAAACCCAACCUCAGCCAGAUUGGCAUGGGAAAAGAAAUCUCGGACAUUCUUCUCUUCUGCUGGGCCUUUGAACAAGAAGAGAGACCUACCUUCACCAAGCUCAUGGACAUGCUGGAGAAACUGCCAAAGCGAAACCGCCGCCUGUCUCACCCAGGACAUUUCUGGAAGUCUGCAGAGCUGUGACCUUUGGACAUCGGGACAGCGCCCAGCUGCCUGGGCUCCCGUCACCUCUCCCUCCCUACUCUGUCCUCUGCCAGCUCAGGAGGCCAGAGACUCAGCAUCAGAGGGUACCAACCCCGACCGACCUGGGAGCACUGGACAACUGCUCGGCGGCCUCCCUGCACCUCAGACUUGAGCCCUUUCCUCGGGCAGGGUUGGGGACCCCCAAGCUAGGACUGAACCGGACCAGCCAGGGUGAUGCAUUAUUGAUCAGUGCGGCUCAGGGGACAGCACUAAUGAGAGCACGCAGGCUGCACGUGGUGCCUUUGGGCUAUGGGACUAGGACAGGAGACCCCACGUGGGGGUGCUCACAGACGGGGCUAUGUGUGUGUGUGUCUGUGUGUUUGAUGUUGUUCACUCUUGUUUCACCUUGACAAGCAAGAGCCAGACUGUCCCAAUGAUGGGGCACUCCUCAGUUCUGUCUGUGUGUGGUGGGUUCCAGCUGUGCCAUCUGGGAAGCUAAGAGGAGGGUACAGAGCCGAGCGGCUGCUUAGUCAAAGCUACUGAGCCAAGAUCGAGUAGGGAAGGUCGGGAGUGGCUAAGCUCGUUCCUUUGGAAAUACCUGUUUUCAGACACCCCAACCUGAGCCUGCCAUGGCGUGUGGCACCUUUGCAUAGAGCUCUGAAGUACAGUAGGAAAGUUAGAAUGUCUUUUGAGUUCUGGGUCUCUCUGGGGGACCUAUUCCUCCAUUUCUGCUGUUUUCUGCUGUUCUCUGAGAGUAGCAUCCCUUUUCACCUCACUGCCCCCACCUCCUUGCCAUUUGGAAAGCCAAGAUGACUUCUGAGGGGUUCCUUAGAGCUCACCGUCAUUCAGGGCACCCUCUGAAGUGUUGUCCCUGAGAAUCAGGGCUCUGGGCACGGAGUUCUAGGACAUCCCUUUUCUUCCCUCUUCUCUGCUCCUCACACCAGUGAAGUUUAUUCCCCCACCAAGGUGGAUGCGGGUCCUUGGGAUAGGUCCAUGUUGGGUUAUGUGGUUGCACCUAUGAUAACACGUUUGCAAAAGAUUUCCCUGCCUGUCACCCUUAAGGAGUCCUGUUGGGGGAGCACAAAGGGAGGAUGUUUGUUACAGUUCUGUGUUCUUCGCUCUAGCCUGGUGCGGGGUCCUCGAGUGGCUUCCCCAUCGGGAGCCUGUGUCCCUCACCUGUGUGUGUUCCCUCAGUGCCCCACCUUCCCUCCCUCCUCUUGCUCCCAACCUGGACCAGCGACUCUUCCUGACCAUGUUGGGGAAGCUCCUGGUGUUCUGUAGGAAGGAUGCCGGGAGCAGGCCGGGCAUGCAGAUGGGAGAGGAGAGCCUCUGGGUCAUUUGCCCAUGUUUUCAAAGCCCUGACCCCCUGGAUGUGACCUGAUACAAAAGGGAAAUCUGUCCCCAAGCAGAGCAAUAGCAGGAGUAUCUGGGCAGUGAACAGGAAGCCCAGGGCGGCCACAGCCCCUCUGUAUUUCCUGGGUACUACCUGGUCCUUAGUUUUCUUGUAGCUACUAUCUAUCCAGGCAUCUCCCUCCUAGAGAGCCAGAGAGAGGAACUGGAACUUCAAAAACCCUACCUGAUCUUACUUUCAAAAUCCAAAUAGACCUGUGGGGAUCUCUUCCCCACCUUGGGUGGCUCCCAGACUGGUUCAUGCUCUGGGGGCCAAACCUGCUUCCAAACCGGGAAGAAUGGUGAGACCAGUCAUGCUUCCCAGGAGCCUGGCUACAGGAAACCCCUGUGUUUCCCAAAGGGCCCUCCUGAAUUGCCUUUCCAACACUCCAAGCUUACUGGGACUACAGGACUAAAGACCCCGGCUUGGGCUGCUCCUAAGUGGACACUGGUCUUCUGGGCACAUCUAUGGCUCUUGGCUUGAUGAGGUGUGUGUGUCUUGGAGGUAUUUUAUACAUGUUUGCCUGAACCCCAGCCACUCUGGGGUUGCUGGGGAUGGCUCUUGUCAAUGGACACCUCCCCAUCCCAACACAACACUCUGUCCCAGCCCUGGGCCUGGACUUGCAUCUGUCUUGGCUCUGCCCAGCAGCCUACUGAGUGCCUGAAACCCAACCACUCACUUCUCUUCCAUCACACCAGGACUUCUUGGGUCCAUGGGCUCCAGUCCUUGUCAUGUUCCCUUGUGCCAAGAGAGAGGAUAUGAGGAAGGGAAGAGGCAGCCAGGGUCUACUAGCCUGCAGCUGAAAUGUCCACAAGAACUGGCACCUUCCCACUCUCGCCUCUCCUGUCUCCAGAAUUAACUAAAAUGUCCAACCACAGCCUUUGGCAAAGCCUAGCAUGGUCUCCAACAGCUGAUUUUUCCACUCAUUCAUGAGCACCAGUUUGGGAUUAAGGACAAGGCCUGAGUGAUCCGGGGGGAAAACCCAGCCCGUUGUGGAACAGGGUGCCUUGAGUCCAUCUCUGAAUCUGUGUCACUUGCUCUUGAGUUCUCAAUCUUUCCCCACUUUACUACUCUGUCCCCACCUGCAUUGGUCUCUGCUGCAGCCAGGCCAGGCUCCUGGCCUUCAGUCCCUUCCUGACACCCAUACCCUGUCCCCUCUACACCGCCCUGACGUGUUGAGAAACCAGCUUUAAUUUGCACACAUUUAAAUCCAGGAAGAACCAAACCACUGCUUUCCCUGCUGGCUUCCAUCUUUAUUCACUGAUAAAGUUUUGGGAGGAGGUUAUAUUCAUCUUAUGCAGGGAGGAAAAAAAAAGAGGAAAGAGGCUGUAUAUUUUUACAUCAUAAUUACCAGCCUCACCUGCAACUCAUUCUAUACAAUCCACACGACCAAGAUUUGUGUGUUUGCCCUUGUCCCAUCACAGCUGCACACAGGUGCCUUGUACACAUAAGUCACUGACUCAGCAGCGAGUUGUUCCAGUCUGUCUCGCUUUUAGCAAACCCUCAUAUACAUGGGCUUCCCAAGGGGACCAGUCUACAGGGUGAAGAUUCACCAGGAAGCCUUGGCUUUGCAGAGAGAAACAUCUCAGCUUUCUUUAAAGGGCAUAUGGAUUUGCACAUAAAUUUCACCCAACUCUUCCAGGAUACAGAUUGUUCAUAAAACCAAGGAGCUUCCUUCUUGGCCUCCUAUGGGAGGACAUGCCCCUUGUGUCCCCAUCCCCAGAGCCAGGCUGGAAACCCAAAGUCAUUGCUUAGAUCCAUUUUGUCCUAGUAUUCCUUUUACUGAUCAAAGAGAAAAUUUUCAUCUUGCCAUGGACCCCCAUCCUCACCCCAUCCACUUGUCUCCACAGCUACCUUGGAUUGUCAGUCAAUAGAAGCCCUUGACUGAUAUUGAUCACUAGACUGUUGUAUCCAGGGAACCUAGUUCUUCCCUUUUUCUCACCUCCCAUGCCAUAUACACACAUCAUGCCCCUCCCCACAGACACACAAAACCAGCCUUAUCUCACCUUCCACCAUUCCCAUCCCCACCUACAGCUGAUCAUCAAAGGCACACGGAGGAAGUAGUAGACACAGAGCUCAGGCCAAUCAUUAUCUGGAGAAAUCUAAACCCAGGGCUGGCAGGCUAUGCCCCAUAGGCCAUAUCCAGCCUGCCAAAUGGAUUUUACAUGAUUUAAUUGAGGAAAAAUCAAAAGAAUAAUAUUUCAUGACAUGAAAAUUCUAUAACAUUCAAAUUUCAUGUCAAUAAACAAAAUGUUAUUGGAGCACAGUCACCUCUCCAUUUACACAACCAUGGCUGCUCCUAUGCAACUGUGAUGGAGCCAGCUAUUUGCAACAGAGACGAUGUGGCCCAUACAGUCAAAAACAUUUACAAUCUGGCCCUUUCCUAGCUUUGCUAGCAUUUGAUAGAGAGGAUUGGAUAUGGCUGUCAGGGGAGGAACAGGAGCCUUUGAUAGAAAGGGUUGGAUAUGGCUCUCGGGGGAGGAACAGGAAGUUGGAAGGGGAGAGAACUUGUUUCAGCGGAAGAAGGCCAGUUUGCCCCAAGAUGCAGCGGGCUGCCUCAGGAAGUGGAGAACUCCCUGUCCUUGGAUAGGGUGGAGCAGAUGUUGACUGCUUGGUCUGUGUGAUAUGGAGGCAAUUCAGGCCCUGAAGGCUGGACCAACUCCCUGGACUUUAAAACUCUUCGUUUGCUGAGGGUGGCCAUCAUAACAAAAUAUCACACACUGAGUGGCUUAAACAACACGAAUUUAUUCCUCACAAUUCUUGAGGCUGGAAGUCCCAAGAUCAAGGUGUCAGCAGGGUUGGUUUCUGGUGAGGCCUCUUUCUUUGGCUUGCAGACAGCUGCCCUCUGAUCGUGACCUCACGUGGCCUUUCCUCUGUGACUGCACAUCCCCAGUAUCUCCUCCUCUUCUGAUAAGGACAACAAUCUUAUUAGAUUAGGGUUCCAAUGCUCUGUGAUUUUAUUCCCAUCCCUGGCUUUCUUUCCCCACACUGGUUCUCAAUCUUGAGUCCCGAAAUAUGCCCUCCCUAUCCUCAUCCUGUGCCCACCUUCACUUCACCCAUCCAUCCCCUGCAGGCUGGUCUUGUUCCACUGUGCCACCGUAUCCCCAAGCCCCCCUCACCUCCAUGAGGCUCCUAGGACUGCUGCAGCAAACCACCACCCACUGGGGCCUACAACAACAGAUAUAUCAUCUCUCACCCAUCUGGAUGCCAGAAGUCCAAAAUCAAAGUGUUAGCAGGGCCAUGCUCCCCCUGAAAUCUAUAAGGGAAUCCUUCCUGGCGGCUUCUGAACUCCUGGUGCUUUCCUGGUCAUCACUGGCAUUCCUUGGCUUGCUGCCGUGUCAGUCCAAUCCCUGCCCUCAUCAUCUCUCUGUGUGUCCCUAUCUUCAUAUGACCAUCUUCUUAUAAGGACAUGAGUCACAUUGGAUUAGGGGCCCACCCUACUUAAGCAUGACCUCAUCUUAACUAAUUAUAUCUGCAAAGACCCUCUCUCCAGAUGAAGUCUCAUUCUGAGGUACUAGGAAUGAAGACUUCAACGUGUCUUUUUUUUUUUUUUUGGUGGGGGAAGGAUCUGGGGAGACCACAACUCAUAACACCCUCUAAGACAUUUUCUCUUGUGCCUUGACUGGUCCUCCACUGUAGAACCCAGGUCCCCUGGAAGAUAGAUUCCCCAGAUUUCCUGGUCUACAAGGUCAGGCUGUUGCUGUCAUGGUUACCAAGCUUGCCCCAAUCAACACGUCCCAUCACUGAAUUCCAACAGCUCUGGAUCUCAGUUCUGUGGCUGUAUGGGAACAGGCUGUGUGUAAGUGGCUUGUCUGUAGCAGGACUGUGACUUGACCCCUGAAUGUGCCUCAUGACCCUAUCCAAAGCAGUUGGUGACACAGCAUCUGAUUUUAUCUAUACUCUUGUUCAUUGACAAAGGAGUGGAUUUUGAUGAGCUACAUUUUGCUGUUUCCUUUUUUGGCUUUGCCUAUGAUGUGGGGAAGUUCCCAGGCAGACUCACACGGCCACUCUCCCUGGCUCCCAGCCUCGCCUCCUCCCGUACCACCUCACCCUCACCUGCACACACCUGCAAGGGAAUCACUUUGAACUCCAAGGGGAGUGACAGACAGCAAAUGUCAGUCUGGGUCCUGGAAUGUGGAGCCACAGUGAACCUCUGUCCUCUCUGGUCAGUGCCUGACUGUGAUAUUAACCCAAAUCCCAGACUCCCUUCUCGAGGCCCUGCAAUCCAUACCCAUUCUGUUACCAGUUUAAUUUUGAAACCAAUAGUGGGGCAGGAAGUUGAUGGAAAAUCUGCAGUCCCGGUGACCUCCUGGACUUGUCUUAGUGCCUGGCACAUAGUAAGUGCUCAAGAAAUGUUUACAGAAUGCAGACAGAGAGGGUUGCUGGGUAAGAGUAAGACCCUGGCACAGGGAGUUAGAAGGGCACCAUUGGCAGGGCUGGGUGGUAUCGGGAUUCCCCUUUGCCAGACCAUGUUGUGGGUGCCGUGUCAACCCCAAUGAGUUUGUUAGGUUUGUUGUUGUUGUUUAGAGUUAGAGUUUUGCUCCGUCACCCAGGCUGGAGUACAGCAUGAUCAUAGCUCACUGCAGCCUCAAACUCCUGGCCACAAGCAAUCCUCCCACCUUAGCCUCUCAAGUAGCUGGUACUACAGGUGCACACCAUCAUGCCUGGCUAAUUUUUUACUUGUUGUAGAGACAGGGUCUUGCUAUGUUGCCCGCACUGGUCUUGACCUCCUGGUCUCAAGCAAUCCCCCUGCUUCAGCCUCCCAAAGCACCGGGAUUACAGGGCUAAGCCAUUGUGCCCAGCCAGUUUGCCAGGUUUAAUAUCUGUGACUUAUGAAGCAACCCAUUGAGUCAGGUGGCCCAGGACGUCUAGGAGGCAGAAUAAUAAUCUACCCUGAACAGCCUCCAUUCACAGAGCACUUACUACGUGCCAGGCUGGAAUUCCUAUGAUGGUUUGGGGAGAUAGGUAGUCUUAUUCUCGUUUCAAUGGGGCAACUGUGGUACAGGGACACAAACCAGCCUCCAAAUUGCAGACCCAGCAUUUUAAAAACGAGUCAUUGGGUUCAUCCAUUCCCAGGAACCCACCUCCAGGUCUAGGGGUUCAUGCCCAGCUGCUCAUGGAAAUGUUACAGUCCCAGCCUCUGAGACUUAUUGGCAACUUGGAACCAGGAGAGAGAGGAAAAGCAGGAAGUUGUGGAAGGGAGGGUGCAGGAGCCGGCAGGGACCCUCCUGGGAGUUUGCACGGAAGCUUGCACUUAUGUUCUCAAACUGACAGGCUGCCAGCAGCAGCCCGGAUUUCCAGGAAAUGUACAUCUGGGUUGGCAGAGUCCCUCCUGGGUCCCUCCAGUAUCCCUGCUCCAGGCUUCCUAUCCCCUCCGUCUCUCCUGCUGGAUGUUGCACUGUGGUCCUGUGUUCCUGAGAGGCGUACAUCAGUGAGUGCUCUUCCCUCUCCGGGGUGGGAAAGGGCCCUUCCUUCCCACUCAUUGGGAUCGUGCAGCUCCCAUUUCCUAACACCAAGAAUAUGAAGGAUUCAUCUCAUGGGGUCGAGAAUGGCUGUCCUCCUUCCACUGAGGACUGAGCUGGAGGAGAUGGACUCUAUCUAGAAUGUGCCUGACCUAAAUAAGACCUUGUUUCCCAAGCAUGUCCCAUAGACCUUUCAUUCCAUGGAAAACUAGCUGGAUUUGCAUUAUUGAAAGGGUCCUGGGACAAGUGUGCAUUGGAAAUGCUUAGGUAAAAUGAAACUAAUUUCUUGAUUGCAGGACCUAUCAGAACUUUUAAGACACUAUUGUGUGGUUGAAUCUCUAAAUGGCUGAUAGGAGGCUGUUCUUCCCAAGCUUUCCCAGGCUUGUUUCUGAAUCUCCAACAAGGUCAACCUCUGUGAAUGAGACUUGAUACCUUACAUGGUACUGAAGGAGGCAAUGUCAAUGUACUGGCCCAUAGAAAAGAGCUGACCACUAGCAUUCAUAGACCCUGCUAGGAGAUGAGAAAGGUAGCUUAGACCCCGAUUCCAUGCAUGUGGACAGUGGUUCCGUGAACAAGAACACCACAUCUGGCUGAUGGUGUCUUCCAAUGGAGAGGUCAAAUUUGCUGUGUGUUGGUGGCUUCUCCAACAUACCAUGGCUUGGAGGCCAAUGUGAAAAGUAUAUAAGAUGUAACACCCUCAGAAGGGUUAAGUUUGCACCUGAGUUUUCAUCUUCAACCAAGUCAUUGGGAUGAUGAUCUAGAAGGACCUCUAAGAUCUAGAAGGAUAAAGAUCUGGUCCAAGGAGUACUAAUAUGUAACGGAUCUACCACCAGCGUCCCCUCCUGUACUCUUGGCAGACAUCGCUAAUCCAUCACAGCAUGCCUUCCCACUGAUCACAGAUGUAGCUUCAGGGCAUUCGAGUUACCACUUAAGAUGGAUAUGAGUGACCCUCCCUUAUCUCACUCUUCUCCUCCUUUCACAGAAGCAGGAUCUGAGGCCCAGAGAGGAAAGCUAUAAUAAACUCCCCUAAGUCAGGUCCCUUCUAAGAGGCAGAGGUAGGUUUAGAACUCAGGCCUCAGAAACUUCCCGAAGCCAAGCCAUUUGGGCUGUAGUUGGUGGACAGUCUAUCAGGGCCCUGCAGAUGUUUCUUCUCAGUUAGGGAACUUGGAAAAUGCAGACAGAAAGAUUCUGUCUCUAAGACUCUGUGUAUGAUCCUACUAGGUAAUCUGCCUGCUUGGAGAAAAAUCAUUUAUCUUCUGGGAUGGCUUCACCACAAGGCCUGAAUGCUACCCCCAGUCUAGUAACAGCUGGGCUGGAAGUGAAGGCAUAUGGGGGCCUUAAGGAAUAACAGUGUGCAUGGUGAUGUGCAGGAGAGCUGCAAGGGCUUUUCUUUUUUGAGGAGGUUUGUAAAAUUUCUGCAGUUCAGUCUGGGCUUCUGGGAAGUCAGGGGAUGCUGCAUAUAAAGGGCAGGAAAAGGAGCCUGACUCCAAUUGCUCUUUGGUUUCUUCCCUGAAUGGAAGGCUCAAAAUCAAGUUUCCACCCAGAUAAGAUCUUGAGGUCCUAGUGGACCACCAGCUCUACUCCUGAGCUCUUGAAAUACCUCUAAUCACCAGCUCAGUGGCUGAGAGUACCUUCUUGUCCACUGCCUCUUCUUUUCCUUCUCGUCUUCACUUAUCCCCCAUCCACCUUCUGCCCGAUAAUAUCUCCCCUGUAUUGUAAACUGAGGAGAAAGUUGCACAAUUGUAGAGAUGAAAAAUAGCUGCCAUGUAUUUAGCUUAAAUUAGCUCAGAAGAACGGCUCCCUCCCUCCAUUGAGCGGGCAGGAAUUGUUUAUGCCAACAUGCUAUUUGCAUCGCGCCUUCUUAGAUUUGAAAGUCUAAUGAUUAAAAACAAAUCUUAGUUUUUAUUUUCCACCACUUAAAAAAAAACCAGCUUGCCUAGUUCUUCUAGUUUAAAAAUACCCUGACCUCCAGCACUACAGUGAGAAUUUUGGGAAGGCUGGUACCAGGAUAUCAGGAGGAAAUAAAUACAGGCCAACAAUAAUCAGAGAGGCCUUUUCUGAGCUAUGGGUAACGGGAUGAUCAAGGUAGAAGAGAGGUCUUUGUGUCCUCACACAGAUGCUGGCAUUCUGGGUUUGUUUGGAAUUCAGUGAACCUCUGUCCUCCCUGACAGAGAUUUCUUCACCAACCAUUCAUUCAAUGGGUGAUUUGUUGAGCAUCUACUAUGUGUUAGACCCUGGGCAUUCAGUGAUGAGUGAUACAAUGUCUCACCUGUUCUGAAGCCUAAAGCCCAAUGGGGAAGAGAGACAAGAACCAAGCCAACAACAAAUAUAUAAAUUUGCAACUCAUGUAGAUCUAUGGAAAGAAAACUCACGGGGGACCAGAAACAUGGGAGAGGGUAUACUGUGGGAGAGCUGCUGGCAAAGGUCUUUCUGAGAAGGUGACAUUUAAGUCAAGAUCUAAAGGAAGAGAAGGGGAAAGAGAUGAUCAUUCUAAGCCAGGGUUUCUCAACCUCAGUACUGUUGAGCUAUUUGGGGCCAGAUAAUUCUUUGAGGUGGCGACUGUCCUGGGCAUUGAAAGAUGUUAAGCAGCUUCCUCAACUCUCCCCACGAGAUACCAGUAGCAUCUGGUACUGGUGACAUCCGAAAACAUCCCCAGACACACCCUGACUUUGCUGUCUGGAAUCAAUCCCCAUAAAGCCCCAAGCCUUGGAGCACAGAAGCCGAAAGCCCAUACGGUGGCAUGUCAGGCAUGGUGUCAACUGAGCUUCUCUGACCCCCACUUCUGAUAUGGCAUCCAAUUUGGAGUCUCUGUUCUCCAUGAGCUCCCAUAGCUGUCCCAUAUUCCACAAGGCAUUGCUUCUGUGCCACGGUCCUCUAGUUCUAGCAUAGCCCUUUUUUGGGGUACAUUGGUGGAUUUCAAAAGCCUCCAGUUGACAUCCAAAGUGUGACAUCCAAAACCAUCUCCAGACAUUGCCAGAUGUCCCCUGAGUUGUCUCCAGGCCACACAACUAGGAUUCAAAUCCAGCAUCCUGCUAUCUGCAACCUUCCAUGGGAGAAAGGAAAUCAGAGGGGAACAGGAAAACACAAGGAGGGGACUCCUCGAGUGAACAUGGCAGGGAAAUAGGUUUUUUAAAGCACUAGUUAGCAUCACCAGUAGUUUGAAGGCUGUCUAGGUAAGGAGAAUGUGGACUUGCCUUUCAC